UGCGAUGACUCCCCGCUGUUCAUGCUCGGCGAUGUGAAUAGAAAAGACUCAUAACCAACCGGUUCAGCACCGUAGUUGCGCGGCCCUCUUUUCUCAUCGUGUCCUCGUUACGCUGCAAUUAUGGAGACAACGCUGCCGAUCCCGUUCCUUGUCAGUGUCACUGUCCCUCCUGGCCUCGGAGGCGAGGAGGGUCUCAAUCGCGACGAAGUAUCAUGUCUUGGCUGCGUCUUCUUUGAGGUUGCUCCCCAAACUCUCGACAAAAUCUUGCGCUUCUUGGGGCGCCACAACACGGAAUUCCAGGCCUACUUCGACGUCAGGCGCCUUGAGAACCGAGAUGAUAUCGUUUCCCUCCUCGACGCCGGUGCUCGCAAGGUUUUCGUCCGCCCCGAACAGCUGCCCGAUUUCGCCGAAUUUGCUCCCCGUGUUGCCGCUGUCGUAGACGGCAGCAGCACGGACCAACUGGCUUCUUCCAGCGAGCACGGCUUGCUCGUGUCUGGCUUCGAUCAGACAUCUGCCGACGUCGCCCAGUUCAUCGAAGAGGCCAAAACGAAAAAGAUCACCCCCUUCUUCAUUAAGCCUGUUCCCGGAACCGAUCUUGAGCGCUUCAUUGGCACUGCCGCACAGUGCAAUGCCAUCCCGAUUCUGCCCUCGACGGGGUUGGCAAGCAAAGAGGAGGCGGGAAAGCUAGCGGUAUCCAAGAUCCUCGCGGCUACCUGGAAGUCUGACCGUCCGGAUGGCCUAGUUCCCACCGUCGUUGUCGACGAGAACGACACAGCCUUGGGUCUCGUGUAUAGCAGCGAAGAGAGUAUUGGGGAGGCCCUCAAGACCCGCACGGGUGUAUAUCAGAGUCGGAAGCGCGGGCUGUGGUACAAGGGGGCAACGUCGGGCGACACGCAGGAACUGGUACGGAUAUCGCUGGACUGUGACAACGAUGCGCUCAAGUUCGUCGUCAGGCAAAAGGGGCGUUUUUGCCACCUGGAGCAAUCAGGAUGCUUUGGCGACCUAAAGGGCAUCGCCAAACUGGAGAAGACGCUUGUGUCAAGGAAACAGUCAGCGCCGCCGGGCUCUUACACGGCCCGCCUCUUCGCGGAUGAGAAACUUCUGCGGGCCAAGAUCAUGGAGGAGGCCGAAGAACUCUGCGACGCCAAGACGCCCGAGGAGGUUGCCUUUGAGGCGGCUGACCUCAUUUACUUCGCCUUGACACGGGCCGUGAGCGCCGGUGUGACACUGGCCGACAUUGAAAAGAACCUCGACGCCAAGAGCUUCAAGGUCAAGCGGAGGACAGGGGACGCUAAGGGGAAGUGGGCAGAAAAGGAGGGCAUCAAACCUGCUGCAAGUGCUGCACCAUCUGCCCCAGCAGUAAACGAGACACCCAAAGAGGCCGCUCCUGAGAAGAUCACGAUGAAAGUAUACGACACGACUAAGGCGACGCCGCAGGAGCUCGACGACGCUCUGAAGCGGCCGUCACAAAAGUCCUCGGAAGCCAUCAUGAAGAUCGUCGCUCCCAUCAUCGACGACGUUCGGAAGAAUGGCGACAAGGCGGUUCUCGCGUACACCCACAAGUUCGAGAAGGCCACUUCUCUGACAUCGCCCGUUCUUAGAGCACCCUUCCCUGAGGCACUCAUGCAGCUACCUGCCGAAACCGUCAAGGCAAUCGACGUGUCCUUCGAGAACAUCCGCAAGUUCCACGCGGCUCAAAGGGAGGAAAAGCCCCUGAAGGUCGAGACCAUGCCUGGUGUCGUUUGCAGCCGCUUUUCACGGCCCAUCGAAGCUGUCGGUCUGUAUGUCCCCGGAGGCACAGCGGUGCUUCCCAGCACGGCUCUCAUGCUUGGUGUCCCCGCCAUGGUUGCCGGUUGCAAGAAGAUCGUCAUUGCGUCACCCCCGCGGUCAGACGGCACUAUCACGCCCGAGAUUGUCUACGUCGCCCACAAGGUAGGCGCAGAGUCAAUCGUCCUGGCUGGCGGCGCGCAGGCAGUUGCUGCCAUGGCAUAUGGCACGGAGAGCGUGACUAAGGUAGACAAGAUCUUGGGCCCUGGUAACCAGUUCGUCACUGCGGCCAAGAUGUAUGUCAGCAAUGACACUAACGCGGGCGUCGGCAUCGACAUGCCGGCUGGUCCGUCCGAGGUCUUGGUCAUCGCUGACAAGGACGCCAACCCGGCGUUCGUCGCCUCGGAUCUCCUGUCCCAGGCAGAACACGGCGUCGACAGCCAGGUGGUUCUGAUUGCCGUGGAUCUCAGCGAUGCACAGCUGGCAGCCAUCGAGGACGAGCUGCACCGGCAGGCCAUGGAGCUUCCUCGGGUGGACAUUGUCCGGGGCUCUAUUGCCCACUCGGUUACUGUGCGCGUCAAGACGGUGGACGAGGCGAUGGAGAUCAGCAACAAAUACGCCCCGGAGCACUUGAUUCUCCAGCUCAAGGACGCCGAGAAGGUCGUGGACAAGGUCAUGAAUGCCGGAAGUGUGUUUAUCGGCGAAUGGACGCCAGAGAGUGUGGGCGACUACUCUGCUGGUGUCAACCACUCACUGCCAACCUACGGUUACGCCAAACAGUACUCAGGCGUCAACCUCGCGUCCUUUGUCAAGCAUAUCACCAGCUCAAAUUUGACGGCCGAUGGUCUCCGCAAUGUUGGCGAGGCGGUGAUGCGGCUGGCCAAGGUAGAAGAGCUCGAGGCCCACAGGAGGGCUGUCAGCAUCCGUCUGGAGCACAUGAAUCGGUGAUACUGAUUUGCCUACACCAGCCAUAUCCGUAUAAAAGAGAGAUCUUGAUAAAAUGGAAAUUGCGUUCUGUUGUCGUGUUGGCCCAUCGAAUUCCGACCUAGACUUCAAAACUUGGGGGCGUUACCGUAGCAGUAACCCUGGCGACCGGGUGUUGGGAC